CAGCCAGGUCCACCAGGUCCACCUGGUCCACCGGGAAUGCCUGGGUCUCCUGGAUCCACAGGCUUACAUGGAAUGCCUGGGCCAAAGGGUGAACCUGGGGUUGGGAUAAAGGGUGAGAAGGGAGAAGCUGGAUCACCUGGUUUCAGAGGCUCUGAUGGUCACCCAGGUUCACCUGGGUCUCCUGGGUUGGUGGGUCUUCCUGGUGCCAAGGGUGAAAAAGGCAGACCGGGAGAACCUGGACUAGAUGGUUUCCCAGGAAUGAUGGGGGAGAAAGGUGACAGAGGCGAGAGGGGAGAGAAGGGUGACAGAGGAGCAGUAGGAAAGAGGGGUCUGAAGGGUCAGAAGGGGGAGCAGGGCCCUCCCGGUCUGGACCAGCCCUGUCCUGUGGGCUGUUCUGAGACUAAAGGUCAGUCAGUCGAGCCUCCGCCCUCUUCCUCUCCACCUCCUCUUCCUCCUGUUGCCCCUGAAGCACCUUGCCCUCUGGGACAUGAUGGUUUGCCAAUACCAGGCUGCUGGCAUAAGUGAUAACUAACUUCCAGCAUGGGAUCUGUACAUAUUGAUAUAGUAUAUUUUGCAGUUGAAUACCACACCCAUAACCUGCUCCCUUUUUGUAAAGAACAUUCGAUAAUAUAUGAAGAUGAACAGAGAUUUUUUGUCUAUAGUAGUGUGCCUUUUUGAAGAUGUUUCUUGGAUAACUCAGUUUGAGGCUAAGGACAGUGUACAGCCUGGAGUGGAGGAGUGCUGCCUUACUAACAGAGUCUUGCUGCCUGAUUUUGACCUCCAAUCAUUGGGCUGAUGUCUUUGAAUGGACAGUUUGACCAGCAAAUACAGACAUGUGAGUUUUGUACUAUUCCCUGUCUUUCACAAGGAGGAGAUGGCGAGGCAAAAGCUCAAACGCAAGCGACUUUCUCAGCCUUGAAUCAGCGUGGGAUCUGAUUGAGAAAAUGCAUUUUGACAAGAGGCAGUCUGGCCUAUAUGGAGCUGGAGAAGCUUUGUCAUGCCAAAGUAAUGUGGCGCUGGACACUCAGAGCCACUGUUAAAUGUCCAGGAGGGGGCGACAGAGGACACAGCAUUUUUGGGCUCUGCCUUUGGUCAGUGGCACAUAAGGAUAUUUACUGCACAGAGGGGACGCUCUCCUGGACAGUUUCAAAAAGGUGUUUUGCAAACUAAUGCAUGAUCGUGGAGACAGUCUUUACGAAUUGUAGUCCCAGUUUGACACAAUGACGGUAGAUUUUAUAGUCAGUGAGUCAAGUUAGUGGAUUUGUAUUUUAACAUUAUUUUAAUAUUUUUUAUUUUCUACAGUGGUAUUUGUCCGUUUUCAUUUUGCAUUCCUGUGCUUGGUCAUACCAGGUGAACAUAAAGACAUAUGUAUAAGAUGGAAAAGUAAUAAUUUUCAUUAAUUCAUGCUGUAGGUUGUAUGAGAAAUAGAACAAGGCUUUUCAAAUGUAUCAAACAAACGCAAAAGAUGAAAUAUCCAUGUACUUCCAUAUUAGAGCAACAUUAGUUUAAAGAAAGAGGUGGUAAAUCUGCCCAAAAAAAUGUACAAAAAAUGUAACUAUUCUGUUUUAUCGCUGAAAUGCCUUAAUUGUUUAUGGACCAGAAUGCAUUUCAUACUUCCUUCAUCGGGAGGCACAAACAAGGCUAUGCACUGAGUCAAAUUGUUUAAUCGAUGCUUUUCAUCAAACAAUAUCAUAUUUCAAGUCUAAGCCAUAAUAAAUAAAUACACACAUCCUUCCUGUGUAAACAUAUGUUCAACUGAAUUAAACUACUGACUUUUCCAUCUUAUUCUUAUUAAUUGAUGUGUGCCUGCAUGAGUUAAUGAUGCCAAAGUUACAUCUGUAAGAACCAUUUACAGUGUUCAUUGUGAAUCAUGGUGCCAAAAAACAUUGGCCAUGUUUUUGUGCCUUAUUGUGACCGAGAUUAUAUUAGCUGCUCAAUUUUGUGUACAUUAUAUACGUUUUUGAAUUCAAAACUAUGAUUGCCUGAAGAACUAACUGUCAAAAUCCAUUAGCUUAUAUGUGUGUGAUAAAACCACUUUGUAUUUCCUUAGCUGUCUUGCUUAAUGCGUGUGAUCAAUCUUCCUAUUUUCUUUUGUUUUUAUUUUCAUAACAUAAGGCCAGUUUUACUGAUGGUCAGAGCCACCGGACAAGAUGACAAUUACUGAAUGCAUUUUUAAAAAAUAUUAUCAGCAAACCAUUUCAUUAGUUGCAAAUGCUUCUGACAUUUGUGUUUCCUGUAUUUAUUAUUUUUACGUUGCCUUUUCUUUUCAGUUCUUGUAUUUGACCCCUGAUAGUUAGGACUAUUACAUUAUAGGCUAUUGUUUUUGUUGUUGUUUUCUUACUUACUCAUUUCUUACAGUUUCUGUCAACAUUAAUAUAAGCUUCAAUGGAGUUUAAUGGCACAGUAUUAUUUGUGAUCAUGUUUUGUGCAUUUGGUUGUGAAAGAAUUAAGCUAUUUUUGUAAUGACUUGUCUAAAUAUGUAUAACAA